AUGACUGCUGAACAGUUGGCGAAGAAUGGGAAUAGUAUGGCGGCACGGUUGGAUACCAUUGAGACAUCAAUAAGGAGUCAACUACAUGGUGUGCAGAGGAUAGAGACUGGCCAUUGGGACGAGCUUAACCGGACCCAUUACAAUAUACAGUCGACGCGAAUACAGCAGGAGAACAAUGAGAAGAGCCGACAAGCAUGCUUGGUGUCCAAUAACGAGGCCUCGGUAGAGCUCAACAAUUUACUACGGGAUAUGAUAUCAGGAGCAGAGCAGGUUAAUGAUGAUGUGGCUACUGCCAACAAAGUAAAGAGAAGGAUGGAACUUGACUUGUCUAAAUUCAACGAUAGGAUAAGCAGUCUUGAUGCAUGGCUGUUGAAUAUGGAUAAGUGGACCAAGUUCGUAUUAGACCAGACCGGCAACCUUGACCGGGCUCAAGCUCGACUGCUCAGAUGGGGAGAUGAAACUAGAUCGACGCUUAAUACACACGAGAUUGGUGUGGUAAAGUUAGGGCGGGAAAUGUUCAAUCUCGAGACAUCAAUUCUCACACUACAGGAGACGAUAAUGUCUGCGGCAGGGAGUGUUGGAUAUAAACCAAUGCUAUUGACGAUACCAGAGGCUGGUGGAGGCAACGACUGGCUCUAUACGCCCUUCACCUAA